UACUCGCUCCACAUCCCGCCCCAAACAUGGCGGCGCCCAGCUCUUUGGGUCAGCACCUGCUUCUGCUCCACCUUUAGUUCUCGCGUGGUCGCGGGACCAUGGACGCACCGGGCUUCACGGCCUCGCUGGUGGCCGGAGGAGUAGCAGGUGCCUCUGUUGACUUGAUCUUGUUUCCUUUGGAUACUAUUAAGACAAGGCUGCAGAGUCCCCAAGGAUUCAGCAAGGCUGGUGGUUUUCGUGGAAUAUAUGCAGGCGUUCCUUCCACAGCUGUUGGAUCCUUUCCUAAUGCUGCUAUGUUUUUUCUCACCUAUGAAUAUGUGAAAUGUUUGCUGCACACCGACUCAGCGUCACACUUCAGGCCCGUGAAGCACAUGCUGGCCGCCUCUGCGGGAGAAGUGGUUGCUUGCUUGAUUCGUGUUCCUUCUGAAGUGGUUAAGCAGCGGGCACAGGUGUCUGCUUCUUCAAAAACCUUGCAGAUUUUCUCUACUAUCUUACAUGAAGAGGGCAUCCAAGGACUGUACCGAGGCUACAAGAGCACAGUAUUGAGAGAGAUUCCUUUCUCAUUGGUCCAGUUUCCCUUGUGGGAAUCCUUGAAACUUCCAAAGGCGCUCUGGUCGUGGCGACGGGGUCACAUGGUGGACUCUUGGCAGUCAGCAGUCUGCGGAGCUUUUGCAGGUGGUUUUGCAGCUGCAGUUACUACACCUCUGGAUGUGGCUAAGACAAGGAUCAUGCUGGCAAAGGCGGGCUCCAGCACUGCUGCUGGGAAUGUGCUCUCUGCCAUGCAUGGGGUGUGGCGCUCACAGGGACUAUCAGGGUUAUUUGCAGGUGUCUUCCCACGAAUGGUAGCAAUCAGCAUGGGAGGCUUCAUCUUUCUGGGUGCCUAUGACCAGACUCGCAGCUUGCUCUUAGAAGUGAGCAGGAAGAGCCCGUGCAGCAGAUGAAGAAGAUGACUGCUGUGCAGCCUGUCGUCCUGUGACUGGCCCAGCCACCCAAGCAGCGAAGUCAACAGAGUGGACACUGCAGUGUCGUGCCUUGAAGAGACCUGCAGAGUGCAGCCCUGAGUGUCCAAGGCACAGGCUGUCCCCACAGAAACUGUCCUUGGUGGACCUCCAGACCUACAUCCCAGACCUCUCAAUAAAUGCUCUGGUAAGCUCA